UCGUCGGGGCCCGGGAUGCGCUUGCUGUCGGCCAACGUGCGCAAGUUGCACGGGGCACUCAACCUGCUGCUGAGCGCGGCCGAGCGGGAGCAGUUCAUCCACUGCCUCAACGUCUACCACGGCCGGCGCAACGUCUACGACCUGGUCCAGACCCUGCGCGUCCUGCUGGACCGGCCCGAGAAGCGCCAGCUCCUGCCCAUGCUGCGCCUGGUCAUCCCGCGCUCCGACCAGCUCCUCUUCGACCAGUACACCUCCGAGGGCCCCUACCUGAAGGGCGACUUCCUCGCCGCCGGGGCCAGCCCGGAGGGACCCUUCCCGCCCCCGGCCGCCGUCCUCGGGGCCCCCGGGGCGCCAGUCCUGUCGCCUUCGCCUCCUCCUCCUCCUCCUCCUGUCCCCCGAUUCUGGCCAGCCUCUGCUCCUCCUCCUCUUCCUCCUCUUCCUCCUUUCCCCGCCGCCUCCGCCAGGCCUCCCGGGGAUUUCAGCACCACCCUGGACGGGACAGCGCCCUGGAGCCGGGCGGGCUUGGAGGAAGGCGGCGCCUCUCGCCUUCGCCUCCUCCUCCUCCUGCCUCCCGGGGAUUUCAGCACCACCCUGGACGGGACAGCGCCCUGGAGCCGGGCGGGCUUGGAGGAAGGCGGGCAGGUGAGGCGCCUCACCCUCAAGAGGACCAAGGCCCAGGAAGGCUUGGGCUUCAGCAUCCGCGGAGGGUCCGAGCACGGGGUGGGCAUCUACGUCUCCCUGGUGGAGCCGGGCUCCCUGGCCGAGAAGGAGGGCCUGCGGGUCGGCGACCAGAUCCUCAAAGUCAACGACCAGCCCUUGGACAAGGUGACCCACGCCGAAGCCGUCAAGGCCCUCAAAGGUUCCAAGAAGCUGAACCUUUCGGUCCACUCUGUGGGGCGCAUCCCCGGAGGCUACGUGACCAACCACAUCUACACUUGGGUGGAUCCUCAGGGCCGGAGCGUGUCUCCCCCGGUGGGCCUGCCCCAGCACCAGAGCAGUUCCUUGCGCAAGGACGGGGAGAAAAGGAGCCACCUCCAGCUUUUGCAGGAAGGCGACGAGAAAAAGGGAUUUCUGUCCUUCAGUCUUCCAGAUGACUUGGUCUUCAUCUACCAGGUUGUCCAAUGCUUCGGAGACGAUGAAAGCUCCACCGCCUGCCACAGCUUCCCAACACGACCAGGCCUCAAGCAAAGCGAGGCAGAGAUGCAAGGAGGCUCCAGCGAGGCACUGGGCACCCCCUGA